AGGAGGAGGAGGAGAGGCAGGCGGAGGGAAGGAAGGAUUGGAAGGAGGGGGCGGCGUUAGACAAUGCCCAUUCCUCCAAUAUAUUCCGUCCCCUCCGUCCAUGAAGUGAGCCUUUAUUAGUGGGGAUCGUUUGGAUCUUAUCUUUCACAUGACGCUUGGUGGAUGAGGAGGAAUCGGAGAGACAAGGUGGGGGGGGAUUUAUCUACAAUCUGCCUGAUUCCUGACCUGGAAGAGUGUCGCUUAUCUUCAGGCUCUUUAUCCUCAUCUUCCACAGGCGGAUGGACCAGUAGCCCUCUCUAUCAGCCCAUCUCAUCUAUUGUCUCUACUGCCGAAAUCCAACGGAGGGCUGGCUGAUCCCUUCUUACCAUCAUCCCUAUCAGCUUUUUACAAAUUUUUUGUUUUUACAUUUUUCUGCAGAUUUCCUGAACCAAUCUCAGGAAGACUUCUGGCUUCAGUCUGUUUUCCAUCAUAUAUAUUUUCUAUGCUUUCUGUGAUGCUCAUGUUGCAAGUUUCCAGCAGGAAAAAGUGAAAAAAGUACUUUCUCUGCAUUUGUUCCCCAUUUCCUUGAGCCUGGGUGCACACCUCUUUGACAUCAGAUGCUUGCUCGGCUCGUGGAAUAUGAGUUAAUUGGGAGUUGGGUUAAUUAAAAGAAGAAAGAAUUUGCCUCCCAACUCUUUUUCAAGGUAAGAAAAAAAAGGUUUUUGAGGAGGAAACGCCCGCACUCAGAGUGUAAAAAUGAUGCUGAGUCCGGAUCAGGCUGAGGCGGACAUCUCCUGGACCCAGUCCGACCCAGAGACGAUGCUCAACGGCCUCAAGUCGGCCGGCUGCACCUCAGACGAACCGACCGAGGGCGAGGAGCAGCGGUCCAAGUGCAAAGCCGAGCAGCCGCUGAGCAGGGAGGAGAAGAGGAGGCGGCGGAGGGCCACGGCCAAGUACCGCUCCGCGCACGCCACCCGGGAGCGGAUUCGGGUGGAGGCGUUCAACGUGGCCUUCGCGGAGCUGCGCAAGUUGUUGCCCACGUUGCCCCCGGACAAGAAACUCUCCAAGAUCGAGAUCCUCAGACUGGCUAUAUGUUACAUCUCGUACCUGAACCACGUGUUGGAUGUCUGAGUGGGACAGGAUUGGGGGACUGGGAGGACUGGUGUGGGAGAUUUUUACAGAACGCGCAGUAUUUUUUAAGCCUUUCACAGCUGAUUCUUUGGGCAGACAAGCUACACUGUAAAAAACUAACUUAUAAUUCAACCAAUAAAAUUGGAGUAAAAAUGUACAUACACUUUAGUUGGGUAAAUGUAUCAUAUGUUUUGAGUCUAAAUUAUGUUCAAGUUUAACAGCUAAAAGAACAUUAGUUACUUUCCAAAACAUGUUUAAAACUAAAUUACUGAAAUUCUAACAAAUCAAUCAAUUCAUUUUGCUCAUGUGGUUUGUCCACCAUGUUAAAAAGAAACUAAAAGUAACAUGGUGGCAUGGAAACCUUUUCCCUGACAGCCACAGAGAAGAUGUGCUGUUCUGUGGCAACGGCCGCCUCAGGGUUAAAAAGUUCAGCUUGCUAGCAAGUUUGAUGUCAGCAUUAACACUGUUAAGUAUAAACUUAAUAAAUAUAAAAUAAAUUCAUUUCUCGACCAUAAAUCUUACGAUUUUAAACAACCCAUAAUAGCCUUACUGUUCACCACGCAGGAUGAAUAAGAACGGAUACCAGCUAAACAGUGAUAUUCAUAAUGUUACAAAAAUUAUUAAUGUUAGGAAGUAAUACUUAUUAAGCAUUACAUUUGCAAAUGAAUAUACUGGAUUUAAAUAUUAGUAAUACCCUCUAAAAUACAUUUUUAUUGUGUCAUUUUUAAGACAAGGUAGGAAAUUUUACAAUCUAAAAUAACCUCCACUGGCCUUUUUCUAAGCUGCACGUAUGAGCAUUUGACAGUUUUCUAGUAAUGGGAGGUGUUAAAUUGAAUCAAUCACCUAUGACAACCUUGCUUUUUUCCCGCAUCUUUUUCUUUUUCAAUUUCAGAAAUGUUACAAAAACCAGUUAAAUAAAACUACUUUAUCUUCUCAGAUUUUCACAUAAAGCAGUUUGAUGAGUUAGGGUGAGCCCAGAGCUGGUUAUUAUUUAGGCCUUUUAAGCUCUGGAUGUAUGAAAAAAUACGUGCAUAUACCAUGAUUCUUCCCGAGCAAAUAAAUAGGCCUGUAUUCUUGCCUAAAAAUACAAUCAAACACAAUAAUCAUAAUCAUUUCUUACUCACAAAACAAAACAUCAGAAUUUAACAAACAAAAUUGGUGCAACAAUUUGCAUUCUUAUUGUGAAUAGAUUUUUAACAAUAUUUCUUGAAAAUUAUGUUUAACAGCUAAAAGACACUUAAAUAAACCAGAUUAUAAUUCAUUUUUUAAAUGAUUACUCUGCUAUGUCAGUUAAAUUCUAAGAUCAUUUUGCUCAUCUGGUUUGUCCUCCAUAUUAAAAAUAAACCAAAAAUUGGGCUCUGGUUUGUGUUUAAGGCGUAAAAUUGCUGAAAUAGGAAAAAACCUUUUAAAUCUACAUCAACAUAGUGGCCUGUCUCUUCCCUGAAAACCACAACUGCCUCUGGGUUGGGAAGCUCAGCUUGCUAGCAAGUUUGACUUUAGCAUUAGCGCUGUUGCUAAACUAGCUUAAUUUGGACACAAUUUUAUAUUCCUGCUUGAAAAAGAAUGUAAGCAAUAUUACACAUCACAUUCACAAACUAAACUGUUUAUUUAAACUUUAAGUAAUUUUAAUAGCUAAUCUUUAAUCCACUCUGAAAUUCUUUUUUUACAGUGAACGUUUACUUUUCUUUCACUGUGUGGGGCUGAGGUUUAACAAAAAACCUGGCAUAGAGGUUUUCAAAAUGAAGGGAUGUAAACAAGAUAGCUGCUUUAGAUCUUAUAGUUUAGAGGAUGUUUUCCAUAAAGGAAAAAAAAAAGAUUCAAUGCGUCAAGUGCUACUUAUGACAUGAGAAAUUGUGACCUUAAUCAUUUUUAAAGUGUAUUUAUUUAUUUAUUUAAAUGUGUUAAUAUUAUUGCUAAUUUAUUUAUGCUGAUAACAUAGAUCUUUUUUUCUGUAUAAAUGUAUUUGUUGCUUCAAUAUAUUUUUAGGCUGUGAAAUUGAACGUGGAAAGUGAUGGUGUUUUCCUGUUUUUAAAAAAAAGAAAUAUGGCACUUUCUGUUAAUCCACUGCAUCGCCUGUUUGCUUUUAAUGUAUGUUUGAUGUCUCUUUGUUUUGCUUUGAUAAUGUCUGUUGUCGAUCAAUAGCAACGAUGAGCACUUGAACUGUGGGACUCCCUGGCCCCCGUAGGUAUUUGCUUCCCUAAAAUGUUAUGUUGGGACGUCGCCAAACAUCGUUUCAGAUUAGCCUAGUUUUUCUGUCAGUUCAUGACAACAAGGGGUUAUAUUGUGAUUUUAAGAAUGAAACCUCUUCUUUUGCUGUGACCAAAAACAAAGUCUGAAUUUAUUCUCUUCGAUGUGAUGAUGUUAGGUUCUUAUUUUAGAAUACAUUUAUUUAUUUGUCUCAUCAUUGUAUCCUGGAAAUUCCAAUAAGUAAUUUUAUAGCGAAAGGAGAAAAAAAAACAUAUCCUCUAUCCAAAGAUUUUUUUUGUCUCUUCAGGGUUGUGUAGGCUACUUGUUGCUUUAUGCAGAUUUUUAGUAGAGUUAUUGUGUGACAGCUGGUUUCUAAUGGACAGACUUUUUUCAUAUUUUCCGGUGUUAUUUUUAAUUAAAAACAGAUACAAAAAAAGA